GUCCGCACCUUUUCCGGUAACACAGCACCGCCAGCGCUGUGACUGAACGGCUGGAGAGAGAGAGGGAGAGAGAGGGAGGAAGAGAGACGGAGAGCGGGGAGAAACGGCCCGGGGACUGGGUGAUGAUUGCCACAGGCGGGGAAGAGAAGAAAGUCGGAUGAAUCAAUGACCUUUUGAGCGCUCUUCCUCUGGAUGUCCCGGCGCAGAAACGGACCGGAGAGCUUUUAUUUACGUGUGUUUUCUCAAGGAAAAACACAAGGCUUUGAAAUUCAUCGACUGGAACUAGCUAAGGGCAAGUGUGGACAGCCGGCAGCCAAGGAGGAAGUGAGAAGCCCGGGUUUGGACUGGGCCUGAUUUAUGUAGAAGGCUUUUGUAAAAAGCUGCUCUGUUUUAAGUCCAGCUCAGCAGAGAACACAUUUUGGGGGAGAGCGAAGACCUGAAAUGCCUGUUUUGAAGAGACUCGGUGCCCUGCGGCUAGUUUGAAACCGGGAGAUGUCAUUUUUUCUUCUCACAUCGGAGGGCAGCGGAUCAUGAAAACACAUCCCCACCCAAUUCGGCAAGAGCUCCAUACAUACUGCUCCCUUUGAGUAUUCCGUGUCAGUGACCCACUCAGGUCAGUUCACCGUCGUGGAUGUCCUCCAGCUGAUCGCACAGGUCUGCUUUACCACUGUACGAACUUAAAAGUCACCGCCUUUUCAAUAUUGACACUUGUGUCAGCCCACCGCUGCCAUCACGUGGAGGGCUUUCAGCUCUCAUUGAAACUGUAACUUCUCUGCUGAAUUGAAAACAAGCUUUUCUCUUAUUAGAGAAGUUUUAUUUCUCUUCUAACGAAGUAUUUAUGCACUGCAAACAAGAUGGGGAAAGUGAUCUCAAAGAUCUUUGGCAACAAGGAGAUGAGAAUAUUAAUGCUUGGACUUGAUGCUGCAGGGAAAACCACCAUCUUAUACAAGCUGAAGCUUGGACAGUCAGUCACCACCAUCCCCACAGUGGGGUUCAAUGUGGAGACCGUUACCUAUAAGAAUGUGAAGUUCAACGUAUGGGAUGUGGGAGGACAGGACAAGAUCAGGCCGCUCUGGAGACAUUACUACACCGGCACCCAGGGCCUCAUUUUUGUGGUGGACUGUGCCGACAGGGACAGGAUUGAUGAAGCAAGACAGGAGCUCCACCGAAUCAUCAAUGACCGGGAAAUGAGGGAUGCCAUCAUCCUGAUCUUUGCCAACAAACAAGACCUCCCAGACGCCAUGAAACCCCACGAGAUCCAGGAGAAGUUGGGCCUGACCCGCAUCAGAGAUAGGAAUUGGUACGUUCAGCCCUCGUGCGCCACAUCAGGGGAUGGACUAUGCGAGGGCCUGACCUGGCUUACCUCAAAUUACAAAUCUUAAUGUUUCUCUCACCAGCCUGGACACUUGGAGCCUACAGGCAAAAAAUAAGUAGCUGAGAAUGGAAAAAAAAAAUGCAAUCUGAAGCAAUUAAUAACAUGACCUCUCUGCUGAGUAUAUGUAUCAAAGAGAGUAGCAGUUAUAUUUUGUUUUAUUUUCCUUUUUGACAAUGAUGAUGAUUUCGCUAUAACCCCAGAUUUCAUUUAAACAAAAGGCAGUUAUUUUUGGCUGACUUUCUUUUUUAUCAUUUGCUUUGGUUCUGUAGUAUUUCACUCACAAUCUGUAUAAUCAGUACUCUGUAGAUUUACAAUAAGCUUGCUCUACGCAGAUUCUUUUACUUUCCUCUUAUGUAUCAUUUCUUUUCGGAGUUUUUUUUUUUUUUUUUUUUUGUGGACUAAGGGGUAUGGGCACUCAUGUAUUGUUUUGAAAGACUGCUCCUGCUUAGGUCUCACAGUAUUUUCUCAUGACCCAGCUACAUAUCCAAAGGAUGAGAAAGUCCUAGCCCCUCUGAGGACGACUUGUGUCCCGGAAACCUUUGCCUACAUCAGCAUAUCACUUUCAUGGCGCAAACUGCCUCUGUAAUUUGUAAGAAUGUGUGUUAUGGUUACGUGAGGACCUCCAAAAAACUGUUUUCAUAAUUGAUUGUACGCAGUUAUUGGGUUGAUUGAGGAAAUGUGUUAGUACUUAAUUUUCCUGUGCAGUGAUUACAUCCAUGUCUACUGUGGCGGUUUGUUUGAGAGACACUAUGUGGACGCUGGAUAUUCACACACUGUGAUAUGGAUAUAUAUUUUUUGUUGUUUCAGGGUCUGAAGCUCUUAUUACCACCAGUCUUAUUGCCUCUUUUCUCUCCCAGAGCUUCCAUUACUGUUGAGUAUUUGUAGUUUCAGCUGCCUUAGGAGGGACCCGGGUUACAGGUGCCCCAAAAUCAAGACAGUUAACUACAGCAGAAGGUAUUCUCAACUGCUGAGUGUGUACUGUGGGAGGGGGAAUACCGACUAGCUGGGCCAUGCACAUUUGAUUUUGUGUGACUGACUUUUGGACCCCAGCAAGUGUUUACGAAAUUUCCCAACCCCUACCAUCUCUACGAAGGUGCUUCAAUGACUGCGACCCUCUAUUCUCACUCUCACUUUUUUUUUUUUAUCAUCUGCUUGUACAACGAAGGUCUUGCAAACACAAAAACACAAACCAGCUCUUUGUUGAUAGAUUAUAGAUACUGCUCUGUUUUACUUUUGUUCUUUUUUUUCUAUUCUGUUGAAAUAAUAAAAAAAAUAUAUCCAGAUCA